CUCUCAUGCACACACUCAGUCGCACUAAUGAGCAAGCCUUGAGCUACCCAGCAGCGCUGAUCUCUCGUCAGCCCGGGCCACAGCGAAGCAUCAGAGGCAGCGAGACACGAGGCUGAUCUGCAGUCGGCCGGCCACAAAGCAAAAGGGGAGAUAUUGCGAGAUAAAUUAGUCCGUCGGGGAGGAAGGGAGUUGAUCCGCCCGCAACUGCCGCCCUGCACUUUUCUUUCCUUCUUUCUUCUACCGAGGACCGCUUUUCCUCCCCGCAUCCGGCCAUGGAGGAGACGCUCACCUGCAGCCGAAGCCCCUUCUCUCAGGUGUUUGGGCGCCAGGGUCAGCUCAUGCAAGCCACGGUGCAGUCCCUGAACAGCUUGAACGAUCAGAUCGCAAGUUUCAUCGUGACAGGACCCAAGUCACUUGAGCAGGAUGAUAACGUAUAUCGUCCCCCCGAGAAGGAGACGCUGCAGAAGUCAAUGACCUUGAUGAGGCACCUCCUCGUGGAUGCUCAGGCAAAAAUCCUGAAAAUGAUGGAUGACAACAAGCAGCUGGCUCAGCGCAUCGACGGGGCCAUUCAGUCUGCCAGCCAGGAGGUGACCAACUUGCGCUCGGAACUGAGCGCCACCAGCCGCAGACUGACCGAGCUGGGGGCCGCUGACCCUUCCGGCAGCAUGCUUGAGACCCUGCAGCACAAUCACAACGAUACACCUCUGCACACGAGGCAGAAGACUCCCUCCACUGACCUGUGCUACACAAGUGAAAUCAGCAGUCUGAUGGACUUCAACUCUCCUGAUGCCUCCCUGGACAAAGUUCUACUUCGCGAGGAAGUGGCCCAACUGCAGGAAGAGGUGCACCUGCUGCGCCAGAUGAAGGACAUGUUGAGUAAGGACCUGGAGGAGAGCCAAGGAGGAUGUUCGGCCGACGUGCUUUCUGCCACCGAGCUCCGCGUGCAGGUGGCCCAAAAGGAGCAGGAGCUGGACCGAGCCAAGGAGGCUUUGCAAGGUCAGAACUUCAGAAGGGCAGCAACUAGCUGUGUGUGCUCUUGAAAAUGCACAAUAACGUCAACCUUAUGAACUGCUGUCAUCUCAUUGUCACGGUAAUUAAAUAUAAAGAGUCGGGCUCCCCUUCAUUACUUGAAAUGGUUGAAUUGACGAUAUCAAAGAGAUUAGUUUACGCUAUAUAUUUAUUACUGUGGUUUUAGCGCACAUCAACAGAGUUCCUCUUCGUUGAUGAGGUUUGCUGCAGUACAUCCUACUGUGCAUUAAAGUUCAAUGCUUAAAAGAGAAUUAAGAAUUGCCUGCGGAGUGUCUAUUUAUUUUUUAUGACCAGAUCUGAAAGCAGGGGAUUAUUUUCAUGUCCCUAUAAUGAGAAUGAGAUGUUAACUGCUGCAUAUUGGUCGUAUUAUGGACCGCCGCUUCGUGUUUUGGCCUGUGAGGUGCUGCUGCAGUUCACUGAGACACGUGUGCAAUGGUUUCAAAUUUCAGUUCUUUUUUUUUUUUGUUUUUUUUUUUUUGUUUAGUAAGGCUGGAAACACUCAAAUGUUAAGAUUUUUUUGUUUUGUUUUUGUCCUCUUUCUCUCUCUCAGGCUCUGCAUAUGAUUUUAUAUUGUAAUUUAUUUUUUAGCAUUGUGAUAAAUGCAAGACAGCUAUUGGUCUGUAUGCCGACGUGACUGUUAAAAAUACUUUUGGCAGUUGUGUCAAGCAGUGGUUGCCAGAGUUUAUACAACAAUGAUGAUGAUGAUGAUGCAACCACCGGGAUGUGAAAAUCAACUCAUAAGUUACUGGACUGUGUCUUUACUUGACAGUUCAUUUGGACUUGUAUCAUACACGAAAUCUUUGCACUGGGAAGGAAUGUAAAAGUCUCCCGACUGACGAAAGACCAAUCCCGCAAUGUUGUGACAGUAAUCAGCUGCUCAUAAAAGCUUCAAGAAGGGGAAUUUGGUAUGGCUUACAAGGUCCGGAAAUGUCAAGCGAGGGGGGGUAGGGUGGGGGGGCUGUUUACCAUGAAAACAGCGUGUGAAAGAAGGCAACAGGAAAUUGUCAGUUUGUUGGGGGUAACUUUUACGCAUUAACUGUGGAAGUUGUUUCUUUUUCUGGGGAUGGAUCGUCUUUGGAGAAAAAGAGAACUGGCAUGAACGAGGAAAAAUAUGACAAUGUUAUCGCAAUAUUUGUGUUUUACAUGCCGUAUGUUCAUUCGGUGAUAUGAAUAAAAAUUGUUGUUAAACUUCAGCUUGAUAAUUUGAACAGCAUAACAAAGUAUACAAUUCAUAUAUCCGUGUGUCAUUGACGUGUUUACACUGUGUUACAUGUUCGUGUUUUUUUUUCUAUAAAUGAUCAGACUGUAUUAGACGUCCUAGUUGGCGGGCAUUUUAUUGGAAAUGGCUACAACGAAAUACCGUUCUAAUGUACAGAUCCGUUAUGUAGGUACGUUGUAACGAGGUUCGACCGUAUAGGUAAACAAUUUUAAACGGUAGAGGAUUCUCGGUGCACUCAGAAAAAAAAUAAUCGUUUCUUUAUUACCUUGAAAUGAAUGCUGCGGGGUCAGGAAUCCGUAAUAACCAGUGGAAGCUAUGGCGCUCCUUAUUCGUAUUCUU